GCGAGUACAAAUGAAGUUUGAUAAAUGUGUUAUCAAUUUUUACAAAAAGUAUUAAAUUAACGUUGUAAAGUUGUUUUCAUUUAUAAUUUCAUCGAGUAAAUGUCAAUUAAGAUUCUACAAUGAUUGUGGAACAAAUAGACGCAUUCAAGACAUGGUUAACAGCUGUUCUGAAGCCUAUGUGUCAAGCAGAUCCAGCUGCUCUGGCUAAAUACAUCAUUGCAUUGAUAAAAAAGGACAAAACAGAAGAUGAGCUCAGAAAGAGUAUGAUUGAACAGUUAGAUGUCUUUCUUGAGGAAGAUACUAAAUCAUUUGUGGACUUGGUGUUUCAAACAUUAACCACCAAAGACUAUUUAAAUGUUCCAGUGAUACCAAAUACCAAUCCACCUAAUCCAAAUACAUGUAAAACAAAUAGUAAAGAAGUAUCCAAGGAAACCAAAAUUAUAGUACCACCUGGAGAACUCAGUCCUAAGGAAGCAAUUAAUGGAAACACAAAAAAAGACCUUGAAGUCAAAAGAGAUCUUGAAGCUAAAAGAGAUAGGGAAGCUAGGAAAAAUUCUGAUAUGGAGAGAGAAGAACGCCCGAUUCGCAGACGUUCCCCGAUUCGCCACCCAUCUCUUCCUAGGAAUCGAACACGAUCUCGAUCAAGAUCGUGGGAUAGAUCAAAAAGAUCUAGGUCCAGGGAGAAAUCUAGAGAGCGUAAUGAAAGAGAACGAGAACAACACAGGAUAGAGAGAGAAAAAAGAGAGCGACCUGAUAGACCUCGAAUAUGGAGAAAUAAAUCACCUCCUAGAAGAUAUGACAGAAGAAGAUUGUCUCGAACUCCUUCACCUAUAAGAGUCAGAUCAAGAUCGAGGAGUCCUAGACAUACACAUAGGAGUAGGUACAGAAAUAAUAAUAGAUCUUCAGCUAGUCGCAGCAGGUCGAGGUCCUUGGAGAAAAGAGAUCGCAGGGAUUCUGCCAAAGAAAAAGAGGGGUCCAGACCAGGAACACCUCAGGAUAAUGGAGAAUCAGAAGGACGUAAUUCGCAGAAUGUAUCUAGUGCAGUUGUUCCUGCAGGUGGUAAAAAGAGAUGUAGAGAUUUUGACGAGAAAGGCUAUUGUAUGCGCGGAGAAAUGUGCCCUUUCGAUCACGGAAUAGAUCCAGUGGUACUUGAAGAUACCACCCUAAGUCGUGUAUUAACGUAUAAUCCUAAUGGUACGCCCAACGUCGUAUCAUCUGGAAUUGUACCCAAUCCAAUUUUAAAUGCUCCAGGUCAUCCAAUGAUGGGCCAAAGAAUGCCGUUGAGAUCUGAUAACGCGUACAAUCCUCAAGCGCCACAUAUAUGGAGAGACGGGAGAUUCAGAGGACCAAGACCAAUGGGUAUCGUUAGAGUACCACCCAUGGGCCAGUUUGUACCACCACCUAAUCACAAUCGAGAGUUAAUUCCAGUGCCUGUGAUGGAUAAUAAACAACCUGAGACAUAUACGCCAAUGUAUAAUCAGCAAGGGAAUUUUAUGAAUACCAUGGACCAUGAAAACAUGUACAAGAAAAAGUUUGACUAUAAUCGUCUAGGCAAUAGACAAAAAAAUCCGCAGAAUUGUUCCCUAGAACUGAAAAAAGUGCCACAAGGAUUGAAUAGUAUUACACAUUUAAAUAAUCAUUUUGGGAAAUUUGGAAAAAUUGUAAAUAUACAGGUUCAAUACGAAGGGGAUCCAGAAGCAGCUCUGAUAACUUUUUCUAGUCACGCUGAAGCGAACGCGGCAUAUCGCAGUACCGAGGCUGUUCUCAACAACCGUUUUAUCAAGGUAUUUUGGCAUAACAUUGGCCAACAGCAGCCGCAAAUCCCUGGACCAGCUGGAACAGUAGAAGUUCAACCAAAGGCAGAUGAAGCCGAACAACUCCCUGCUGAAGAAGAGAAGAAACCUAUAUCUAAGGAAGAAAGCAAAUUACAAGCCGCGGAAGCCAUUAAGAAAAACCAGGAAUUGAUCGCUACUCAGGUGAAGGUUAAGAAAAACCAAGAUGUUCAAAGAAAGCAAGUUUUAAAAAUUCAGAGCGAUUUAAGAAAAAAGAAACAGGAUUUGUUGGAGAAACAAUUGUCGCAGCAGAAGGUUCUAAUAGAGAAACUAGAAAAACUUCCUACUGGUCCUCAGCGAGAUAUUGUUAAAGAAACCAUUAAAAAAACACAAGAAGCAAUCGAGGAAAUUAAGAAAGAUCUUGAGGCUGCUGCCUUAUCUGCUAAAAGCACGCCACCCAAAAAGACCAAAGAAGAAACUCAGAAGGAAUUACUUGAUACUGAGUUGGACUUAAUAACAAAACAACAAGAAGGCGCAGAUACAUCUGAAAUUCAAAAGAAAAUCUUAGAACUUAGAGCACGUGUCGCUAACUCGAAACCUACCAGAGGACGAGGUAUUGCCAGAAGAUAUACACCUGGAAGACAUUUGUUGUCUAAAAAUAAUUUAAAACCUCGACCUGUGCGUAGUAUUAACAGGAUUGCGCCGGUGACGACCGUAGUACCUGCUGCACCUGUUGUUACUUUCCAAAAACACACUGUAGAUCAUCGACCUACAAGAUUGCUUGUAUCUGGAUAUGAAGCUGAUGAGCAAGAGAGUGUAUUGAACCACUUUCAGCAAUAUGGCGAAGUUGUGGAUUAUGAGGUGGAUAAUUCACUUCCUAGUAUAACACUAAACUAUAAAACUAGGAAAGAAGCUGAAAUGGCACUCCUUAAAGGAAAGCAUUUCCAGGAUCGGACUUUAUCGAUAACUUGGAGCAAUACCAAACAAUUAAAUAGACAAAGGAGCAGCAGUUCCACUACAACAACUAAAACUGUGAUGCUGUCAGAUGUUGAUGAAGAUCAAUUGAUUGAUUCUAGUCUGCUGGAAGGCGAUGAUGAUUUGGGCCCGGAGAUUUCAGAAGAAGCUUUAUUACAAGACGACGAGGAAGAGGACGAAGAAGAUAGAUCCUGGAGACGAUAGUAGAAGGAUAAUGAAAUUAUUAUUUUUUUACCAUAUCGACAGUUCAGCUUUUUUAAGUUAGUACUAAACAACUGUCGAGUGUGAUGAGUUAGAAUUGGGUUUGACUGUUUUUUACUGGCUGUAUCCAGCCAAUAAUUUUAUGUACAAAGAUACUUGUUAUACAUAAUAAAUAUUAGUUUUUUUUAAACGAUAUCAGUGGAAAGUAGACAUGCUAGGAAUGAAUUUAUCUAAACUUUAAAUUAAAAAAAAUGUGAUUCUUUAGAUUUAUGGUCUGUUACUAAUUUAUAUUAGAAUUAAAUACAUAUUUUU